AUGCCCAAGGAGCGCAACUACAACCCGGUGCAAGCCCAGCGCAAAGCUGACAAGGCCAAGGCAAUCAAGAAGGGAAAGGCUUCAAUACAAUCACAACGAAACGAAAAGCUCGCGCGCCGCAAUCCCGAACGAAUCCAAAAGCAGAUUGAUGACUUGAAAGCAAUUACAACAGGAGGCGGCAAACUCUCACGACAUGAAGAGCAGGUUUUGGAUGGACUCGAGAAGGAGCUACGCGCCGUGAAGAAGGCGCGUGAGGCACUCGGCGACAAGGCUCCGUCAUUCGGCCGAGGCUACCACCGCGAUGGCGAUUCCUCAGGAGGCGUGCUAGGAAAGCGCAGACGAAAUGACGAUGAGUUGACGAGCGAUGAGGACGUACCCGAUGAAGUGAAGCGCAUCCCGAUGCCUCGCGACACGCCACCGCCGAUACCGAAGGAAGUGCUGGACAAGUGGUACGCGAAGAGACGCGCUCGCAGGCAAGCCGAGCAGGCCGAGAGAAACGAGAACGAAAAAUCAGACGAGAAGGAAAAGAAGACGUCAACCCCAGCACCGGAAGCCAAGACCGUGUACGAGGCCAAACCUAUGGUGCGCAACUUGCAAAAGGAGGCAGUGGCAGCAUUUGUACCAACUGCGGUUAGGAUGAAACUGGACAAGGGCAAGGGACAAGGUGGCUUGAUAGAGCCCGAGGAGGCAGACAGACUGGAGCGAGAGGGCUACUUGAAAACGACUACCGCUACAGAGGAGACAGAGCCGUCUGGACCCAGGAAGGUCAUGAUGGAGGAGGUCGACGACGAUGAUGCCUGA